AUGAAAGAGCAAAACCCAAAUUUCUUUUAUGAUAUUUGUGUCUAUAGUGACAACAGUCUCAAGCAUGUAUUUUGGGUGGAUGCUCGAUCAAGAGCUGCUUACGAGUAUUUUGGUGACAUGGUAUCAUUUAACACCACAUACAAGCUCAACAAGUUUGAGAUGCCAGUUACAGCAUUUGUGGGCGUCGAUCACCACAGAAGGUCAUGUCUUUUUGGGUGUGCUCUAUUGGGGAAUGAAGAGACUGAAUCCUUUGAAUGGCUCAUGCAAACAUUUGUAAAAUGUAUGGAAAAAAUACCAUAUGGAAUCUUAACUGACCAAUGCGGGGCCAUGGCAAUAGCCAUUCAAAAUGUCUUGCCAAACACUAGGCAUAGAUUAUGGAUCUGGCACAUCACGAAGAAGAUACUACAUAAACUUGGACGAUUGAGCCGAUAUGAAGAAAUUAAAGCUACAAUGAAUGGGAUUAUUUAUGAGUCUCAUUCGCGAGAAUUAUUUGAAAGAUCAUUGUAUGACUUCAUUGAAGAGUACACCCUUCAUGACAAUAAUUGGCUCAAUGAUAUCUAUCAUAUUCGCAAUAUAUGGGUCCCUGUUUUUCUAGAGCACGAAUUUUGGGCUAGCAUGAGAAGUACACAACGGAUUGAGAGCAUGCAUGCUUUCUUUGAUAAGUACCUAACGUGUAGGAGCAGCUUGAUUCAAUUUGUGCACCAGUAUGACAAUUGUCUUGUAGAUAAGCAACAACAGGAGUUGGAAUGCGAUGCAGCAGACAACAGGGGCCUGAUCCCAUGUGUAUCAAACUCUCCUAUUGAGAAUCAGUUCCAAUAUGAGUACACCAACUUCAUAUUUCACUAUGUUCAAGCCAAAUUUAUCAAAAAGUGUGACUGCAACCUGUCUCCAAAGGCAGUGAAGGACAACCAAUACUUCUAUGAGAUGACUUGA